AUGGUCUUUGGCAAACUCUCAGGCUUGAAGAACAACCUACGAAUCUCCGCCUCCCUCCAGGAUCUCUCCUCGUACCGCAACCUCGACCCCGAACAUGGCCUUCUCCGAGACCCCACCACCGCUAGUUUCUCCAAAACCAAACCGCUCCAACUCCCGAACCCUGUUCGCCGCAAAUGCCUCGCCCCGAUCGCGCUCAUCAGCUUUCUCCUCCUCAUCCUUCUCUUCCUUCUCUACACCUUCUACACCCGACAAGCUUCUCCCAAAUAUUACGUCGUUCUCGAUUGCGGCAGCACCGGGACUCGUGUCUUCGUCUACAAGGCCCAAGUCCAACACGGGCACUCCUCCAACCUCCCCAUCGCCAUCGAAUCACUAAAAGACGGCCUCCGCAAGAACCCCGCCAGUGGCCGCGCCUACGACCGCAUGGAAACCGAACCGGGCCUCGACAAACUCGUCCGCAACAUGACCGGUUUGAAAACCGCGCUCAAACCGCUUAUAAACUGGGCGCAGAAGCAGAUUCCAGAACCUUCCCACAGGUCCACUUCCUUGUUCCUCUACGCCACCGCCGGGGUCCGGAAACUCCCCUUCGAUGACUCCAAGCGGCUGCUCGAUAAUGCGUGGAACGUUCUGAAAGGUUCGCCUUUUGUGUGUCGUAGGGAUUCAGUGAAGAUCAUUUCCGGCACUGAGGAAGCUUACUUUGGAUGGAUUGCGCUUAAUUAUGAGAGUGGCAUUCUUGGGGUUAAGCCCAAGAAGGAAACCUAUGGUGCUCUUGAUUUGGGGGGUUCUUCUUUGCAGGUCACGUUUGAGGGUUAUAAGCAACAGCGUUUGAAUAGUGAGACUAGUUUGUAUGUUAGGAUUGGCUCGGUGAACCAUCAUUUGACUGCGUAUUCGCUUGCUAGGUAUGGCCUCAAUGAGGCCUUUGAUAAAUCUGUUGCGCGUGUUUUCAAGGACUCUGGCUAUAAUAUUGCGAAUGUUGUUAAGGGGGAUGUGGAGCUUAAGCAUCCCUGCCUGCAGUCUGGGUACAAAGAGCGCUACACGUGCUCGCAUUGUGCUGCUUUGGAUAAAGAAGGGGAGAGUCCUAAGGUUGAGGGGAAUGGGAAUGGGAAUGUGGUGGCGAAGAAUGGAGGAUUGAGAACCAUGGUCACGCUUGUUGGCGCGCCCAAUUGGCAGCGGUGCAGUGCGCUGGCAAAGGUUGCUGUGAAUUUGUCUGAAUGGAGUGAUGAUAGUCCUGGUCUGGAUUGUGAGAUUCAUCCGUGUGCUCUUCCCGAUAACAUGCCUCGCCCGAUGGGACACUUUUAUGUGAUUUCUGGGUUUUUUGUGGUGUAUAGGUUUUUCAAUUUGAGUGCAGAGGCCACACUUGAGGAUGUGUUGGAGAAGGGUAGGGAAUUCUGUGAGAAGAGAUGGGAUGUUGCAAAGAAGAGUGUUGCUCCUCAGCCCUUUAUUGAGCAGUACUGCUUUCGGGCGCCGUAUAUUGCAUCAUUGCUGAGAGAGGGUUUGCACAUUACUGAUAAGCAUAUAACUGUUGGUUCUGGAAGUAUCACUUGGACACUUGGAGUGGCUUUGUUGGAAGCUGGGAGGGCGUAUUCUGUUAGGUUUGGCCUUCGUGGUUUUGACAUGCUUCAGAUGAAGAUGAAUCUACUUUUACUUAUUCCCAUUUUGAUACUUUCGUUUAUUCUUCUUCUUUGUGCCUUGUCGUGGGUUGUCAAUUGGAUGCCAAGAUUUUUCCGGAGACUAUAUCUUCCAUUUUUCAGGCAUAACGGUGGUUCCAGUGCAUCAGGUCUUAAUAUCCCAUCUCCUUUCCGCUUUAAGCGGUGGAGUCCUAUCAAUUCUGGAGAUAGGAUAAAGACCCCACUCAGCCCAAAUGCUGCAGGUUCACAAGAUAGAUCGUUUAGCCUUGGGCAUGGUCUUGGUGAUAGCAGUGGCAACAUCCAGCUGAUGGAAUCUUCCUUUCAUCCAUCAGCUAGUAGUGUCUCACAUAGUUAUUCCUCGAACAAUUUAGGGCAGAUGCAGUUUGACAGCAGUAUAGGGACAUUCUGGUCACCCCACAGAAGUCAGAUGCGUCUGCAGAGUAGGAGAUCUCAAUCUCGAGAAGACCUGCAUUCUUCGUUGUCUGAGACGCAUAUGGUGAAGGUUUAG